CCUCUUUACGAUCUGGCUAUAAAAAGAGGCUGCAGGUGGGUCAGUUGUCAGAGCACCGAAGCGAAAGCGGUAAAGUAGCCAGCAGCAGUUAGUUAUCCUUUUGCGCCGCCCGAAAAAUUCGAUGAAUCUGUCAAGCCUUUUCCUUCUGGCCCUUGUGGCAUCCGUCGCUAUCUGCGCCGGAUCUGCCCACAGAAUCAACCGCCCAGAGCCAGAAUCUCCAGGUAAGCCGUGCCAGCCCACGACCACAAGGCCGCCCUGCACGCGGACGACCACUCCACCAUGUGAAACGACCACUCCAAGCUGCAAGGAGGAUACCACGACAACGACCACUGAGGCUCCAACGACAACAACAACAACGUGUGCCCCAACAACAACAACAACAACGUGUGCCCCAACAACAACAACAACAACGUGUGCCCCAACAACAACAACAACAACAACGUGUGCCCCAACAACAACAACAACUACGUGUGCCCCAACAACGACAACUACUACCACGACAACAACAACUACUACUACAACAACUACUACUACAACAACUACUACUACAACAACCACUACUACAACAACAACAACCACUACUACAACAACAACAACCACUACUACAACAACAACCACUACUACAACAACAACAACCACUACAACAACAACAACCACUACUACUACAACAACAACCACUACUACAACAACAACAACCACCACUACUACAACAACAACAACCACUACAACAACAACCACUACAACAACAACAACCACCACUACAACAACCCCGACGACAACAACACCUUGUGAAAUAGAGACCCCCGAACAAACGACUGCGUCCCAACAGCCACCCUGUGAGCCUUCAAACACAGUUACGCCUCCUAGUGAGCCUUCAACCCCAGCACCACCUUCACCCUGUGAACCUUCCACCGAAGCACCACCUCCAGGAGAGACUUCAACUCCAGCACCCUGUGAGCCAGUCACACCUCCUAAUGAGCCUUCAACCCCAGCACCACCUUCGCCCUGUGAGCCUUCCACCGAAGCUCCACCUCCUGUAGAGCCUUCCACCGAAGCUCCACCUCCUGCAGAGCCUUCCACCGAAGCACCACCUCCCGUCGAGCCUUCCACCGAAGCUCCACCUCCUGCAGAGCCUACCACCGAAGCACCACCUCCCGUCGAGCCUUCCACCGAAGCUCCACCUCCUGCAGAGCCUACCACCGAAGCACCACCUCCCGUCGAGCCUUCCACCGAAGCUCCACAUCCUGUAGAGCCUUCUACCGAAGCCCCACCUCCCGUCGAGCCUUCCACCGAAGCACCACCUCCAGGAGAGACUUCAACUCCAGCACCCUGUGAGCCAGUCACACCUCCUAAUGAGCCUUCAACCCCAGCACCACCUUCGCCCUGUGAGCCUUCCACCGAAGCACCACCUCCCGUCGAGCCUUCCACCGAAGCUCCACCUCCUGCAGAGCCUUCCACCGAAGCUCCACCUCCUGUAGAGCCUUCCACCGAAGCACCACCUCCCGUCGAACCUUCCACCGAAGCUCCACCUCCUGUAGAGCCUUCCACCGAAGCUCCACCUCCCGUCGAGCCUUCCACCGAAGCUCCACCUCCUGUAGAGCCUUCCACCGAAGCUCCACCUCCUGUAGAGCCUUCCACCGAAGCCCCACCUCCCGUCGAGCCUUCCACCGAAGCACCACCUCCAGAAGCGACUUCAACUCCAACCACUCCAACGACAACAACCUGUGAAGUAAAAACUCCCGAACCAACCACUUCUACACAACAGCCACCCUGUGAAAUAACGACACCAACGACGACCGCCGCUGAAAUCACUACAACCCCAUCAACCGUCGAAAUCACGACGCCAAGCACAACGUCCGCUCCUAGUGAGUCUACAACCACCCCCCCAUGCAAUCCCACCACUAGUUCUCCACCACCCUGUGAAAUAACGACACCAACGACGACUGCCGCUGAAAUCACUACAACCCCAUUAACCGUCGAAAUCACGACACCAAGCACAACGACCGCUCCUUGUGAGCCUACAACCACCCCCUUAUGCAAUCCCACCACUAGUUCUCCACCACCCUGCGAGGAGACAACCACACCGGCCUGCGGAUCUGAUGAAAAAAAGCGUGAGGAUCUGAUUCCCAAGCCAAUCGAGGAUCUCCUUCCUGGUUCUAGCAGCAGCACCAAAGUUACCAUCCCGAUUGGAACCAGUGCCAUGUGCGUUGGCCGCGCGGAGGGAAGUAUCGUCCAAGAUCCGAGUCAUUGCAGGAGGUACUAUGAGUGCCGCGCCGGUCGUCGUCUGCUCCGCAAGUGCCGUCCCGGUCUGUGGUACGAUUCGGAGGCAGGAGAGUGCCUUCCUCGCAGUCAGGUGCUAAACUGUCCCGCCCAGCGUAACUAAGCAACUUGGCCAUCUCGACUCAACUGGAGUAAGACCAGAGUUUGUAUUGCAACUUGUAUUCGUAACCAACAGUAACCACCUACUCAAUAAACAGCAUAUAAAUCACA